UUAGCUCUUUAAUGUUAGAAAACAGAUCUGGUAUUCCAAUUUCAGAUUCAAUAAAAACUAUAUCAAAAAGAAAUGGCUGACCUAGAAGUAAGUGUGGAAGACAUUCCCAGUACUCAGCAUGGUAAAAUGAAGGUUGCAGAAUUACGGAAAGAGUUAAAGGAACGUGGUUUGUCUUCCAUAGGUUCAAAAGCAGAACUUUUGAACCGCCUGGAAAAAGCACUCAAUCCCGAAGCAGAUAUCCAGGAAGAACCUGAUGGAGCUGUGAUUGAUGAGUUAACCGGUGAUGAGGAAAUGGAUAAUAUCAGUGACUCGGAUGCUACUGAGGCUGCCGAAACUAAAGUGGUCAUAAGGGAAACUGCUGCCAGUAUGACAAUAUUAGAGACACAGCAAGAAGAGAAAUCUGAAUCAAUACCAGAGACCAAGAUGCCCAGUGAGACAACAAAGCCAUUUGUUCCUGUCAAAAUAGAAACUAGCAGUCCUGAGUCAUCAACUUCACCUCUGGUGCCUAUUAAACCUCCACUAUCUGCAGAACAGAAAUUAAAGCAGCGAGCUGAAAGAUUUGGCAUCAGUAAGGACACAGAUAAGAAAGCUGCCAGAGCUGCAAGAUUUGGUCUUGCUAAUAACAAUGAUUCUAGUUCCACCCUUACCAGCACACAGUCAGGCAAAAUAGCACCAGCACCAGUUUUGGCAGAUGACCUUGACCGACUGAAAAAACGGGCUGAGAGAUUUGGAACGAUAGUCUCCAAUACUUUAUCUCGAUUGGAAGAUGAAGCUAAACGCCGGAAAAGGAAAGAAAGAUUCGGACAGCUUGUUUCAAGUCCAACAUCUGGAAGUGGUACUAUUACAUCUUCUAACAAUUCUACUACUACUACCACCACCACUACUGCUGCUGCUGAUUCAACUCUUAGCAGCAAAAAUUCAGAUGAGGUUGAGGAAAAGAAAAGGAAACGAGCAGAAAGAUUUGGACUGUUGUGAUGUUUUUAUCACUGUAGACCAAUGUUAGUUUCAGCAGAUCUGCUGUCACUGCUUCUAACCCUCACAUUUCCAUUCAACUCUCAUUAUCUUAGCAUAUAUUUAUAUAUAUGCGUUUAUAUAUACAUAUAUAUGUACACUUAUAUAUGUAAUGUGUGUGUGUGUGUAU